UUUCUGAAGGUGCUUGUGUUGAGAUAAUGGAAGAAGUCUCAAACUUCUUUAGCUUCCUAGUGAAUAACCCGGAAGCUCCACUUCCUUAUCCAUGGGAAAGAGUUUUAGAUCUGGAGAGAAGGGUUAUUUACUACAAGAACAGUGUGAGUGAAGACAUGGUGUUUGAUUCUAGGACACCUAUCCAUGUUGGGGGAGGGGUGUAUAUGGAAAACUCUCCAUUACCAAGUUACAUGAAUCAUCGCCAUAGAAGUGCAGUUCAUGAGAUGAUUAGAGGGUAUCAACUCUCUAACAAUGUGCCAAGAGUUUUUCUCUUCAGCAUCGCUCGCCAAGAUUAUGAUAGGCCUCUUUAUCACAUUGUGCAAGAAUCAACCAUUCGAUGCCCAUCAUGCAACACCACAAUCAGGGGGCUUCCAUAAGUUUCUUUUCUAUGUGUUUUUUAUGAGAGUUGAAUAAAGUGAGCUAUAGUGUGUUUUAUUUUCAAUGGUGGAAUAUGAAUAAGUAAUAAAUUAUAUGUAUUUCUAUUAAA